AUGUCGUCAAGGCGCAACGUGCAAGCCAUUGCCUUCCCAGAGAAUUUACCACCUUCAAGGCUGGUAACUCCCAAACCUGCGGCUCUGCUCUAUUUGACUCGUCUUUUGUACGGGUCCGGUUCGUUUUUGGUGGUUGUGUAUGCAUUGGCCCUCUUUCUGAUUCGACCUAUGUUGAAGCUUCAAUACGAAAGAAGAGGCUCCUACCUAAACCAUUGCCUGGACAAACUUAAUGCCAUGUAUGGGCUUGUAGCAAAACGAUUAAGAUUUGUUCCUGAAGUCAGAGUCAAGUAUGGCAACACGGUUUAUUCAGAUGCGGGGAUGCAAACGGACCCCAAGAAGGAAGAGGUAGACAAUACGUUCAACCCUUUCUUGUACCAGCAUAAAUACCAGAACAACGGGUUUGGAAGACAGACGAUCAAGUUUGAAGAUGAAGAGGAAAAGAGAGACAGGAGUGAAUCUGAUCGUCUAGGUGGCAGCAUUCAGGACUUGAAGAACACACUAGAAAAGUUGGAAGUAUCAAGUUACAAGCAAGCCGGUGCUUCUCUAUCCCUACGAGGCGACACUUCAAGAAUGAGCGAAAUGCAACCCCUGAUGUUUCAAGUGAAACAGCUGGAGAAUUAUAUGGAAGGAUUGAGUUCGGAGCAUCCUAAAGAUUCGAUGUUUAAACGAGCUCUAGGCUAUGGAUCCUAUGGAAAGCCUCAAGCAAAAUUGACAAAUAGAACUGCUCACAUUGUUUCUGAUAUUAAGGGAGACAUAUCGUUUCUGAAAGCAGAAAUUGAGAAAAGAAAUAGGUCUAGUACCUAA